AUGCGGCGGCUUUCCCCAGCUCUGGGCCUUCUUGCUGCGGCCCUCAGCUGCGCAGGGCCGGCAGCAGGGGUGCAGCACAAGCUGCAGCACAGGCAGCAGCAGCAGCAGCAGCACAGCCACGCCUCAACUUCGCAUGCUGCUGCAGUUCUUGCUGCUUCUUCGGAUGCAUCCACAGACUCCAAUCCCUUCAUGCAGCCGCCCUAUGCCGAGUUCAUGGCCAGAUUCAACAUUCCCAAAGUCCACGGGAGCGGGGUGUACGUGGACCUGGGGAACGACAAAGAGGUGAAGGGAAAGAUGUACAGAGAGCCUGGGGGCCGCUGUCCCGUCUUUGGCAAAAACAUCGAGUUUUAUCAGCCCCUGGAUUCGGACUUGUACAAAAACGACUUUCUCGAAAAUGUCCCGACGGAAGAAGCAGCAGCAGCAGCAAAGCCCCUCCCCGGAGGCUUCAACAACAACUUUUUGAUGAAAGACAAAAAGCCCUUUUCGCCGAUGUCUGUGGCGCAGCUCAACAGCUACCCGCAGUUGAAGGCGCGGACGGGCCUGGGGAAGUGCGCGGAGAUGAGCUACCUGACGACGGCGGCGGGCAGCAGCUACAGAUACCCCUUCGUGUUCGACAGCAAAAAGGACUUGUGCUAUUUGCUGCUGGUCCCGCUGCAGCGGCUCAUGGGGGAAAGAUACUGUUCAACUCGGGGAAGUCCUCCGGGCCUUUCCCACUUCUGCUUCAAACCCUUAAAGAGUGUUUCCCUCCGCCCGCACCUGGUCUACGGCUCCGCCUACGUGGGCGAGCGCCCCGACGACUGGGAGACCAAGUGCCCGAACAAGGCGGUGAAGGACGCGGUGUUCGGGGUGUGGGAGGGGGGCCGCUGCGAGGAGCAGCGGCUGCGGCUGGGCGCGCAGACUGCAGCAGCAGCAGCAAAAGAAGACUGCUGGGCUUUGGCUUUUAAUAAUCCUUUUGCUGCUUCCGACCAGCCCACAUCUCAAGACGAAGCAGCAACAAGUCCCGGCUACUACUUCCCUUCCAUCACCCCCAGCCAGCCCAAAUCCGGGGGCGUGGGGGUGAACUUCGCGAGCUACUACCCCUCGGGCGAGUGCGUCCUGUCGGGCGAAGUGCCCACUUGUUUGCUGCCAAGGCAAGGAGCAGCAGCAUUUACUUCUGUGGGGUCUUUGGAAGAAGAAGAACUUCCCCACUGCGACCCCACAUUUCCCGCCUCCCUGGGAUCGUGCGAUCCCAGCUCCUGCAAGGCGAUCCUCACGGAGUGCAGGGGCGGCCGCCUCGUCGAGCAGCAGACGGACUGCGUCCCCGAAGACGGCAGCAAGUGCGAGUCUAAAGGGGGCGGUGUCUUCAUUGGGCUGGCCGUCGCGGGGGGUCUGCUGCUGCUGCUGCUGACGGGAGGGGCUUUCUUCAUUUACAAGCAGCGGCAAAAAGCUCUUCCGAAAGAAUCUUCUCCGCAGCGAACAGAUUUUGUUCAAGACGAAGCAGCAACAGGCCGCGGCAAAAAGAGACAGUCCGAUUUGGUGCAACAGGCCGAGCCGUCCUUUUGGGAAGAAGCAGAAGCUGAUGAGCCUCACGCCGAUGAAAACACCCAAGUGCUGCUGGACCAGGAAUACUAG